GUUGAAGGUAUUUUUACCCUGUUUCACGUGUGCCACUCAAUAGUUUUGUAGCUCAUGUGAAGCAUGGCUGCUUCAUCCGUUACAUGACCACAGCGCAUCCCAUGAUUUGUUGUAUGUCGGCACUGUCGGCACUGUCGACGGCACUUCCGAGUUCACCAGGUAUAAAAUGCCACGUUCCAUGGCCUCUUAGUCUGAAAGUUCAGCGUUGAUCUUUCCCUUCUACUAACUCUCUCAUUAUGACGACUAACAUUGAAAAGUUUGAUCUUAAAUUCUGGGAGGAGAACCCGGGAAGACGUCCUCUAUGGAGUGCUGCACAUCUACUUGGAAUGACUGACAUCCCUCCACUACCAAAGACUCGCGAUGAUGCCCUUUCCAAAUGCCUUGUCAACGGGCAUGCGCGAUAUCUUCCAGAUAAUUCCACCGUUGUAUUGGAUGCCUUUGAUGACGGCAAGGGCCAAGGUGAUGACGCAGUAUCAUUUUUCAUUCCUCACAACUGGGAUCAAUCGCAGUCCGACAAUGGCCUCCGCAGCCGUAUCCAGAAUUAUCUUAAUCGGACAUCUGCAACACCAAAUGCACCUAUCACACUCGCCAAUGCUGCCACCCUGCUUCAGGACCUCGCGGCAGCCCAAAUCUCUUCUCACACUCUACCCGACUCGUCAACUAGCCAAGCGAAGGUGAAGACUAGGAAAGUCGGUACCAGACCGCGCCAUAGUAAUGCUUCGCUUGUGUAUGCUCCGACCUGAAUGUCGCAAUGCAGAAUACCUUCCAGUGACA